AUGAGUACGUUCGUAAAACACCUAGGUGCAAUCUACACCCCUGCGGUUGAGCAACUUCCGCUAUAUACGGAGAAUGAGGAGGGUCUUCCGCGGUACACGGAAGAUGACGAAAACCAAGAACACCCUGAGCGAGAAGAUGGCCAAGAUAGAAUCCAGAUAUUUCUGAAUGGGCUUUUGUCAUCCACUGAUGAAUCUCAACUUGAUCCGCACAUUGUCAAAGACCUGUUACAGGAUGAACAUCGACGAUUAUCGGAUAUCGUAUCAUCUCGCGCCCAAUUUGAAAUUUACAGAGGCGAACUUGCAACGGAUGAAUUGUCAUUCAUCGCACUCGCUAUCACCCGUCUUCUUUUUAGAUCCAUCUCUGCUGGGAAGAGCGAAACCAUUUCAUGGCUUAUAUCACAAAACCUGGUUUCCCCGAAUGUCAUCGACACGGAUGGUAUGUCUCCGUUGCUGGCUGCUGUUAAGGCAGGAAGAACAAGGACGAUUCAAGAAUUGGUUGAUCUUGGUGCGGAACCUGACGCGUAUGCGAUUUCGGGAUUCCGUUUAUUACCAGUUGGACGCGCUGCCAUCAGGAGAACUCCGUUACAGCUUGCUGCUGAGCUUGGGAAUCUUCCACUAGUCAAGAUGUUCAUCGAGACCUAUCAAUGCGAUGACUCCAAGAUCGCACCAGACGGAGAGCUUGCUCUUCGCUUGGCAUCGAAGAACGGGCACAGGCAUGUCGUCGAUUAUCUCCCCGCACGUCGAGGUGGCGGAUGGAAACGAUGGCGAACUGCGCAUGAAGUGUCCAUGGCGAAAGCCAGAGACGCCCUUAAGUCCAUUUUCGAGUUCAUCACUUUUUUUGUUUACAAAAUUCCGAAAUUCUUCCUCUGGACCAUCCCUAAAAAAGGGAUCGUCGAGCCGCUGAUGAGCGGUUGCAAAUGGUGUUGGGUGAAUAAAGCGGGGUUGCUCCCAUGGAUAAAAUAUCAAGCCCAGCAGACACCAGCCAGAAUCAAGAAGUGCUUACAAUCGCUGUGGAAAGUGGCCAAACGCAUGCCCAAAGACAUCGCAGAUGUGUCGAAGGAUCUGUGGAAAUUUUGCACCCGUACCUUGCCCAAACAUAUUUGGAGAGUCAUCACGGUGGAGAUGCCGAAAAUUGUCAAGAGUGUGUCCAAGUGGGUAUGGUCUAUACUAUCAUCCAUCGCGACAACGAUAGCGAACCUUUUUCAAAGGAUCGCUUCACUCGUCCAUACCAUACUCACCGCUAUAGCCUCCUUCUUCCGCACCCUUACUCUCAGUGACAUCUGGAAUGGAUUCUGCGACGUUCUGCGAGUUGUAUUCAUUUCAUUCCCCCUUAAGGUAUAUGAUAUAGUGCUUGAUUUCGGAGAGUUAACCUAUAAAGCAAUGGGCGCACUCUUUGGUUUAACUGGGAAAGUAUUGUGGUAUAUUGGCUUUGCACUACUUUUCCUAGUGACUUAUAUCCCGAAGCAGAUAUGGGCCAUUGUUAGGAGCAUGGGGGUAUCGAUAGCUACAGGUUAUAAGGAAAUCAGGGUCUGGGUGAAUCCUAAGGCGUGA